CAUCGUUGUCCGCCGCCGCCACUGUUCUCUCGGGAUCCACAACCACCUUCCCUCCUGCCCGAUCCACCCAACUAGCGCUCUCCACUGCUCCUCCUCGAUCCAGAUGCCCGCGCCCCCGAUCCAAAAUUCCUCUCGGCCUCCACCCCGUAGCCUCCGACCACCUCCCUCGUCGUGUGCACCCAUCCACGAGAAGCCCAAGCCGCAUCAGCCAGCCGCAGCGCCUCCCUGCUCGAGGCGCCCGAGUUCCUCGCCCGCUGUCACCGGAGGAGCACCAAGGCCUCGCCUCUUCCUCCUGUUCCAUUCUCCCUCUCCCAUCUCUCUUCCCUCACCCCGAGCUCCCUUGUCUCUGUGCCAACAGGAUCUCCACGUUGGAACCACGCCAUGGUCUGAGCUCGGCCUCGAGGCCCCGUCGCCGCCAUCUGCUGCAGCUGCUGCUGCGCCGCGACCUUGCCUGCCGGUCGCCGGCAACCCUAGGUCCGCUCUCGCCGCGUCUUCAGUUCGGGACCAGCCGCCCCUGCUCCGCCUCAAGCCGUGUCCUCGCCGGACCCUGCGAGCACCGUCGCACCUCGACGCCGGCGCGUCUCCGCGGCCGGAUUCCGACCGGCCGAACCCCCCUUGCUUCGCCCGUUCCUGCGCCCGCAAAGCCUCUGCAUCGAGCGUCGCUCGCCUCCCGUUGACCGCGCUGGCCAGCUGCGUGGGCUGCCAGCCGCGCCAGGCCCAGCGCGCCCCGCCUCUCCCGACCAAGUCCUCUGCCUCACCGGCCCUUGGCCCAUGGCCCGACUCAUGUUUUUUUUCACGGAGCGAUUUACUAAUUAUCCAGAGAUGUGCAGAUUUGCGAAAAAGUCCCGCAUGUUCAUGCAUUUAAUAGAUCACAA